AUGUGCGAUUUAAAAUUAGAGAAGAAUGACAUCAUAGUAUUUAACGCUACGCAAUCUUUCGGCCUAGGAUUAGCAGGAAAUUAUACGGUCCUGAGGGUUUAUCUCAUCGAAUGUUUGCCAAUGAAAAAAAGAGAAAUUUGUAUGGCUGUCGUAGAUAUUGCUUGGAUCCUCGGUUAUCUGUUCGCUUUAGGCGUAUCUUGGUCUUUAGUUCCAUCAAUUAUACGAAUGUUGUAUCAAAAAUUUCGUCCAAAUUCAUGGCGAGUUUUAUCUGGAAUUGGUGGUGCACCUAGUUUGAUCAUAGGUUGUGCUAUUAGUUUACUUCCAGAAACACCUAGGUUUUUGUUGUAUCAACAACGUCAGGAAGAAGCUUUACAAGUUCUUCGACAAAUUUAUGCUAUUAAUAAUUCCAAACACAUUGAAACUUAUCCGGUAUUUUUUGAUCAAGCAUUAAUUUGA